AUGGAAGUUUCAACAAUUGUCAUUGAUACUGGCGCUUAUUCAACUAGAGCCGGCUUUGGAGGUGACUCAGAUCCUCAGUGCAUCCUUCCAACUGUUAUUGGCCGUCUAAAAUCUCCUCAAGAUAAAGCUGCUGCGAUUGCAACUAAAGAUAUCUAUGUUGGAUCAGAAGUUUUUGAGCAAUCGAAAAACUUAAAUCUUAAGUGCCCAAUUUCUGAUAGAGUUAUCUCAAAUAUUGACGAAAUUGAAGUAUUUUGGCAACACAUUUUCUCAAAAGAAUUAAAUAUUAAUACAUCAGAGCAUCCAGUAUUAAUGACAGAAUCACCACAGAACACAAAAAUAAUGAGAGAGAAAGUUACACAAAUUAUGAUGGAAACAUUCAAAGUCCCAGCCUACUAUACCGCAUACCCUGGAGUCCUUUCACUCUAUGCUAAUGGUAUGGCAAGCGGCUGCGUCAUAGAUGCAGGAGAAACCAUAACUCAAAUUUUGCCAGUUUAUCAGUGCUUUGGAAUGACUCACAUCACCGGCAAAGUCGAAGUUGGAGGCCGCUCAUUAAAUGCCUACCUUAAGAAGUUGCUUAAUGACCACGAUAUCACUCUUCCUCAACAAAAUGAGAGAGAAAUCGUUCGCGAUAUCAAAGAACAGCUUUGCUAUGUUGCUACAGACUUCAACAAUGAAGUUCAUAACGUAGAUCAUGAAUCCGAUUCGAGCAUUUUCACAUUACCUGACGGAAAACAAAUUGUACUCGGUACACAACGAUUCUUCUGCCCAGAAUUAUUCUUUAAACCAAAGAGUUACGGUAUUUCUUCAUCAUCUCUUACUCAAUCCAUCUUUGACGUGAUAAAUAAAGUUGAUAAAGACUUGAGACCACUUAUGUACUCAAAUAUAUUACUUUCAGGUGGAAGUUCGAUGUUCCCUCACUUCGGAGAAAGAAUUUCUAAUAAUUUACGUGGAUUAUUGCCUCCAGAAACGAAUGUCCUUGUUCAAUCACCUGCAAACAGAAAGAAUAGCGCAUGGAUCGGUGGUUCUGUCCUUGUUUCACUCGCUACAUUCUCUCAAAUGUGGAUUACAAAGGAAGAAUACGAUGAAGUUGGUCCUGAAGUUGUUAAUUUGAAGUGCUUCUAA